UUUCAUGUCCAACGUUUCAUUGAAUACCGCAAGAGAGGCUGCAAGCCUAUUAGAUACAACUGAUGCUAGAGCGGAGGAAGGAACAAUUACUUUAUAUCAGGCAGAGCAGGUCAACACUGCCAUUCUGGUUGCUUCGGAAUCGGCUGAAUUCCACGAUGAGGUUGAGGAGAAGAAUAUUUGUGAAAAAAUUCAGGAUUAAUUUUGCAUACCCUCUAUUUAAGAUACACCUCGUUUAAGAUACGUUUUUUUAAAUUUAAUUCGACAUUUUUUGGAGAGAAAAAAUCUAUUGACUAAUAACUUUUUUAGUUUUAAUCCAAUCCAAAUAAAUUUUAUAUCAUU